CUCACAUAUUUUGCUCUGAUUCAUGACUAUCCCUUAAAAUUGGGUGCUCUGAACUCUUCGAAGAAGGACUCUGUGAGUCAAGCCUGUGGGCGUGUUGCAAUAAAUAGUCAUCGUUUCCUGAUUGCAAUCAGAAGGAAGAAACUGUGGGUACAAAAGAAUAGAGGUUUAAAACUCUGGAGCAAAGCUGUUCACUGCAUCUUCUGGAAUCAAGAGAACAUUUUGACCUACCACAAACAGCAAAACUGAAGAAAGAUCUUUAGAAGAGAGAGGUUUGGGGGGGCCACCAUGAUCCCCCAAAUAUUGAUCCUGUUUUGCGUUGGGCUGUGUGUUGGCCAAGGAGACAGGAGAAGGGAUGGCUCACUUCCCAAGCCCUCUCUCAGUGCCUGGCCUAGCUCGGUGGUACCGGCCAAAAGUAAUGUGACGCUGCGAUGCUGGACUCCUACCAAGGGUGUAAACUUUGAUCUCAGAAAGGGAGGACACCUCAUUGAGUCCUCACAAUCACCUGAUUCUGCAGAGGGCCUGGCUGAAUUUCACCUCACUGAUCUGGAAAUCAGUGAUGCUGGAGAGUACACGUGUCAAUACUACAGAAGACGGAGACCCUACGUAAGUUCACAGUCCAGUGAUGUCCUUCUACUGCUGGUGACAGGUGGUUUAUCUAAACCUUCCCUCCAAACCCACCAAAGUGGUAAUGUGACCACAGGAGAAAAGGUGACCCUGCAGUGCCGGCUGCCAGAUAUUUUUCAGGGGUCUGUAAAGUUUGCUCUGCUGAAGGCAGGAACUUCAGUGCCCGUCCAGACCCGGGGUCCAAAAUGGAAGGAGACAGACUUCUCCCUUCAGAAUGUGACAGUCAACGACACUGGAAACUACAGCUGUGUGUACUACUGGACAGAGGAUCCUUUCCAGGCCUCAGACCCCAGUGAUCACCUUGCGAUCUGGGUGACAGAACUCCAUCUUCUAGAUAAAACUGAAAGGAAGUCUUCUGAGAAAGCAGAAACAGGACAAGAGACCUUUGGGAUCAUCUUCAUUGUCAUCUUCGUCUUCCUCUUCCUUCUCGGAUCCUUCCUCAUCUACAAAUACACCGGCUGUGGGGCAGCUCCUAACCAGAUGACCACAAGCUCCUUCUCUUCUAAUGAACCUGAAGAAUUGAUGACAAGUAAUCAACCCGGGAAAGAAAGUGGUGACACAUCUACAGCUAUGAAGAGCUGCUCUCCUGACUUGGAUGAGGGAUCUCAGGUCUCAAGAGCUGAAGAGCUCCAUGGAGUGACUUAUGCUGAGCUAGACACCAGAGCCCUACGCGAGGGCCCUUCCAGCAAGAAGAAGCAGUCUCUGGAAACCUGUGUGUACUCAGCCCUUAAGACAUAGCCAGGAGAAGAUCUGGAGCCUGAAAGAAAGAACUGCUGGAAAGGGAAUGGAUGAUGGGGAAGAGGUCUCUUGGAAGACUAGGGACAUGGGGAUCCCUUUCAUCAAAUCUCUAACGAAGACUUGUUUAUUUCUCUUUUUUUUGGUUUCCCUCUCUAAAAAAUUUAUUUUUUUAAAGUGAGAGGUACCAUUUACCUAGAGUAAUAUGACAAUGAGAUAACUCAAGAUGGGGGUGCUGGUCAAGCCAGGCAAACCAACCAUGUGAUUAGAGGGUUAGGACUUUGAGCCAGGAGAUAUCAGCCCAACCUCUGGGGGAAAAAGGGAGGCUGGAGAUAGAUUCAAUCAUGUGGACAGUGGUUCAAUCAAUUACACCUAUGUGAUGAAACCCCAAUGAAAACUCUGGACACUGAGGCUCGGGGGAGUUCCCUGAGUGGUGACACACAUUGAUGUUCUGAAAGGGUGGGUGACACAGUCUGAGAAUAUAGGAAGCUUCCCUUUGGGGGCUGGCCCAGACCUCACCCUAUGUGUCUCUUUGUUUAGCUGGUUCUGGUUUGUAUCCUUCACAAUAAAAUUGUA